UUGCCAGUAGAAACUUCUACAACAGUAUCCCUGUCUCACCCUAAAGUCGUCCCCCACCUUUUUGGCCACGAGGUCAAAGAGCACGGAGAGGGCCAGGGCGACCACGCCCACUCCUCCGUGGCGGACCCUGGUGCUGCCACCCAGCUCCCCGCUCACGUUGUGGCGGAAGGAGGCCAGCUGCUCCGGCGUCAUGCCCCUCUGCAGCGAGGCGUACUGGUGCAGCAGGGACGCACGCGACUCCAUGGACAGGAAGGCGGUGAGGACGGGGUCCAGGGAGAUGUCUGGAACCACACCGGCAUCCCUGGCCACGGAGAACAGCUGCUGGACGGUGGUCUGGGAGGGGAGACAGAGGCUGGUCGCACCGACGGACGGCAGGGUCAUGGCGGCGCCGAAUUAUUAUUUUUAAUUUUGUGUCCGCUGAAAGGUACAGGGUUGAAGAUUGAAGUUGGGUUGAACAGAUUAACCAAGAUGCUGAGUUACUGGGCUAGAAUUUGCAUUGGACUGACAAUGAUGCUUCAAGCAACGAAUGGACAAACUGGUAUAACACCUGACCCAUCUGGACCACCGGAGGUUACCAGUGGUAGCUCAAUGACUUCUUCUACCAACGUGUCGUCAAAUACAUCAGCUGCACCUUCAUUAGUGACAACAUCUACAACAUCAUCUCCUCCUUUGACGAUCAGUCCAAACCAAACAAAUGCUUCUACAAAUGGUUCAAAGACAACAGCUGCUCCUUCAUUAGUGACCAACUCUACAACAUCAUUUUCUCGUUUGACUAUCAGUCCCAGCCGAACAAAUGCUUCUACAAAUGGGUCGCUGAACACAACAGCUGCACCGUCAUUAAUGACCAACUCUACAACUACAACUGGUUUGACAAACAUCACGGCAAUAGCAGGGAAUACAUUUACAACAAACGGCACAAACACAACUCUCACUACGGUCUCUCCAGAAACCGUCCCCACAACUCCACCAGGUCCCAGCCAAACAAAUGCUUCUGCAAAUGGGUCGCUGAACACAACAGCUGCACCUUCAUUAGUGACCAACUCUACAAAAUCCUUUUCUCGUUUGACUAUCAGUCCCAGCCGAACAAAUGCUUCUACAAAUGGGUCGCUGAACACAACAGCUGCACCGUCAUUAAUGACCAACUCUACAACUACAACUAGUUUGACAAACAUCACGGCAAUAGCAGGGAAUACGUUUAGUUGCGCCAGCGAUCCCCCGUUGUGCUGCUUGGGGUUGGAUAGCAGCUGCUUUAGGGGCUGCUACUGUGACGUGGCUUGUCUUCGGUUAGGCGACUGCUGCAGUGACUUCAACGCCACUUGCAUAACAGGAUUCCCUACAAGUCAGCCUAAUUUGACCAACACAACCUCAACCAACGAAACAACUUUCCCUAUAUUUUCAUUUUCAGGGAGCUGUUCUGCAAACUCUUCCAUGUGUUGCUCAGGCGAAAAUCCAUCUUGUUUCAAUGGUUGCUUCUGUGACGAAUCAUGUGCUUCACGACCGAUCCCUGACUGCUGCCCAGACUACAACGUCACCUGCAUGAACGCAACAAACGGCACAAACACAACUCUCACUACGGCCUCUCCAGAAACCGUCCCCACAACUCCACCAGAUCCUCUGAAGUUGAUCUUUGCCCUGUCCGUUUCUUUUCUGGCUCCAGCCAGUUACAGUAAUUCGACGAUACAGGCGGCUGUUGAACAGGCUAUAAGGGCACUUAUUGAGACCACGGGUAGUGACCUUUCCUACAAGGUCCUCAAGAUUAAAAUCAAAUAAGAACCAAAAAUAAAACUUUACUCAUUCAUUUAUAGUACUGGUAUUUUGGUCAAUGGCCACGUUUUACAGUAUGCCCACACAAGGCCCCACAUAUUGGAUAUGGAUGUAUUGUUCAAACACAGUAGCCUAGGCCUGCCUCAUAACUAUGAACAACUACCAACAGCUAAUAAACUCCUCUCAGGA